GCAAGACAGGCAAAGCAACGCAUAAGGCAGGCAGGCAAAGCAAACGGUUGCACAUACUGUUAUUAAAACGCAACAAUAAACAACAAAAUACGUUGUCGAGUUUUUUAAUUUAUUGUACUAUUGAAUUUGAAGCUGCCGUUUUAGUGAGUUUUAAAACGGAUAGUAAUAGUGAUUGUGAAACGACGAACUCGAGAAAUCAAAAUGCCAUAUAAAUCAGUUCUUGGAAUUUGGUAACAUACAAAUAUAAAACGGAUUCCAAGAAUUACCAAUACCAGUGCCAACAAGUGCCUCAUACGCAGCCAGGUAUUUUCUGUUGAAUCGCAAGAUGUUGACGCGCAUUAUGAUCGAUCGAGGUGCGCAUACGGCAUUUAUGCUGUUUAUACUGCUCGGCUUUAACAUCCACCUGGCACUGUGCAACAAAGGGUCGCCUGGCCUGGCGCUGCCACAGCGAGUGGAGCUGCCAAUUGGCAGUGAUUUGAAUAUUAGUUGCACCAUCGAUACGGAAUAUUUCAGUCAAAUUGAACAGACCUGCAAUGCAUCACAGCUCUAUUUCAAGAUGUCCACGCAUCAGGGCAGCAGGGAAACCAUCUACAAGACCAAGCCAUAUAUCUGGUAUAUCAACGACACCAGCAUUCUUUUUACCGCCCACAACCUGAGCGAACAGGAUGCGACCUAUGUGUGCAUGUGCGACAUGCACGGCAUUGAUCAAUCAAAGGUUUUUGUGGGCAGCCCACCCUCCAAGGUGCAGGACUUUGAAUGCACCAGCUACAAUUGGGAUUACAUGUUCUGCAAUUUUACGACUCCCAAGAACAGCAUCAUCACCAAAUACAAUGUCAGUUUUGAGACGCAAAAGAACUCAAUUUAUCGCUACUACGUCGAUUGCAAUUUCGAUGGUGCUCCCAUUGUGAAUUGUAACAUUACAAACGAAAAGUAUCGCAAGUUUAAUGAAUACUUCUACUUUCGCCUGGAGAUGUCAAAUGCCCUGGGCCAGGAGAUACAAUAUGUGGAAGUGAAUAAUGUGGAGCGAAUGCUGCUCGCUCAGCCCGGCGAACAGCUGAAGCUGCUCAAUACGACGAAGGAUUCGAUUUGCAUUACCUGGAUAAUGCCGCGACGCAGCAACUUCAAUGGUGGUGUUCUCUGGUCUGUUCUGGUGACUCCCGAGAACUUCUCGACCAUCAUGCGUCCAAUGUGGCGCAACAAUUCGUCGACUGUCCAUGAUACGUUAUGUUUGACGGAGUUGCCCUAUGCCGGCUAUAAAUAUUUGCUUGAGUUGCGCGUGCGCAACAACAAAACCAAAUCCCGCUUCAGUCAGCCAUUGAAUUAUUAUUUUCGGACCGCACCGGAGCGUCCAGAUCGUCCGCCACGCGUCACCAAUGGCAGCUUCUAUGUCUAUUCAUCAGAAUCACAGUUGACGGUCUAUUGGGAGCAACUGGAGAAACACGAGAUGAAUGGCGAUAACUUCACCUAUGUGAUUAGCGAGUUUCGCGUGAAUGGCAAACUCAACGACACUUCAAGGAUCAAGAUGGACAUGAACUCGGCCACCAUCGAGAACUGGAACAAGACAGUCAAGCAUGAACUGCUCAUUCGCAGCAGCAACAAUGUAAACACCUCGGUGGAGGCAAGUCGUCUAGUUAUUCCGGCCAUCACAAGCGAGGACACGCGUCAACGGGUACCAAAGAAGAUACGCAGCGUUUACCACUCGAGCAACGCGAGCUAUACGAUUAGCUGGAAGGAGCCGAACAACAGCAGCGAACUGAUCAACUACACUGUCUUCUGGUGCAACUCGAAGCCGGCGCUGCAAUCGAAAUGCAAUGGAACCAUUCACUUUGAGCAUGUGCCCAGGGAUCGGGUGCAGUUCACCACACGCAGUGCUCAGCCGACGUCGCUGAAUAUGGCGGUGUCGGCGAACUAUGUGGAUCGCAACACGGGCAUGCACUGGAUGAGCUGCUCCCGCGAUGUCUCCGAUGAUCUGGCCAAAAUGGAGCCCAGCAUCGAGGAGGUGACCAACUCAUCGCUGGCCGUCAAAUGGAGCACCGAACGCGUCUGUCCCGCCAUCCUCAGUGGCUACAAUCUAACCUACUGUCAACGCUCCGCUGGCAAACCCGAUAACUGCACCACCAAGGUCCUCGACUCCAAUGCCGUCGACUUCACCAUUCACAACCUGGAACCUUACACUUACUACAGCGUCAAGAUGUUCAUGUACUCGAGUUCGCGUGCCAGCAAAUACAGCGAUGAGCUGAUCAAUCGCACCGGCGAAGCGGCCCCGACGCAACCACGUCAACUGCAGUACUCCCGCCUGAGCAACACUAGCGUCAUCCUCUCGUGGAAGCCGCCGCUGAAGGCGAAUGGCGUCGUCCGUGCCUACGAGGGCAGCUUUAGGCACCACAACAAGACCGAGUACUUCAAGCUACCCGCCUACACUGAUGAGCUGGUGGACAACGAGAAGCUGGUCAUCUACGAGCUGGGCAACCUCACCGCCUACACGCACUACGAGAUCAGCAUUCGCGCCCGCACGCUCUACAGCUCCGAGCCGAGCAACGUCAUCCGCUUUCGCACCGCCGUUGGAGUGCCAUCGCCGCCGCAGUAUCUCAGUGCGGAGAACAAGCUGGAGAGCAUGACGCUGGAGUGGGUGGCUCCUCUGCAGCCAGCAGGACGACUGGAAUACUACGAGGUGUCCGUCCGGGAGAGGGACGAGAAUAAUAGUGUGAUCAGUCAACGAUCGAGCUACAUCAGUGGCGAGCAGAAUCGCAGCUGUGUGAUGAUGACGCCCGUGUGUACGCCAAUGCAUGCGUUUUACUAUCAGGUGCGUGCCGUGAAUGUGGAGCAACUGGAGCAGCAGCUGGAGGAGCACAAGGUGCCACACUUUAUUACCUCGUGGCCACAACAAUGUGCUGCACAGCCGGCAUUGAAUGCAGCCGCGUGGAAGCAGCUGGAGAACUAUUCAAAUGCGUCGCUGUAUCGAUUGCACAAGUCCAGCUGGACGGUGCAGCAGGUGAGCUGCUCCCCGGAUGGCAGGAACAACACCAAGGCGCUGCUGACUAGCGUCCAACUGAUUGUCAUUGCGAUUGUGCUGUUUGGCACCGGCCACGUUGCCAUACGCAAGUAUCAAAAGAUGUCGGACAUUGAUCUGGAGCUGCCGUCGGGUCUGAAGGAGACACUGAAGAAACCGAUGGAGAGCAGCUCGCUGGGAUUGGGUUUGGGAUUGGGCGGCAUGACGGUCGGAGAGCGUGUAACAAAUGCGGGCGGCAUCAUUGACAGUCGCAUGGACUCGCCGCCGCAAUAUUCUCCACAGGAUUUGCCCCACGAUUUCGGAGGCAGCGGGAAUGAGAGCGCCAAGCUGCUGUUGGCCAACAACUCGUCGAGCAGCGGCUGUGGCAUGGAGCGUCUCGAUGGCUACGAAGAGGAUCAGCAGGCAGUAACAUCGCUGCCCCCGGCCAGCUACUUGUCGAUGAGCCAGAGCAAUUACCUCGACGAUGACAGCGUGAACAAUGCGAAUGCCACCGAAUUGAUUGCCACAACUCAUGCAGCGGCUGCUGCUGCUGAGAAUGCUGCUGCCGGUGGCUACAUCAAGCCGACGCAAAUGAAGAAUUGGAACAGCAAUGCCAACAACACUCCCACAAAUGCCAAUAGCUUGCCCCUGAGUGGUUAUGUGCCUGUUCAAGUGCUGCAGCAAGCACGUGCUAAUCCUCCAGCUGCAGCUCCGACAACAGCUGUGCCGCAGCCUCAGCAGCUGCACUUGCUCAGCAGCAGCAACUAUGUGCAAGCUGCCGAUCUGCACAAACUGAAGGCAGCGGCGCCAACGUCGACGCCGCCGCCGUCGGUGGCGCCUCCGGCAGCCAACAGCUUUGGCUACACGUCCAUGGAGCAGCUGCAGCGUACGGGGCUGAUGAAGCCAACGGUGCCCAGCUACGUGCAGCCGCCAGCAAAUUUGCAUCAUCAGCGUUUGCUGCAACAGCAACAAUCAUCGCUUCAUCCUCAUCCCCAUCAUCAACAGCAGCAGCUGCAGCAAACGCAUCACCAACAGCACCAACAACAACAGCAGCAGCAACAACAGCCGAAUAUUGGUGGCUAUGUGACGCCACAGGAUCUGAAUGCCAUUGCCCUCAAUCGCCAUAUGCUGUAAGCAAGACACCCAACAAACCAUCGAUCGAAGCAAUAGAUGGCAGAGGCAAAAUGGGUAGAAGAGAAAGAGAGAGAUCGGAUUAGAACAUGACCACAACAAUAUGGAUAUGGAUAAAAUGAUGACCAUGACCAACAUCAGCACAAGAAUAAGAAAUGACGAAAUCGCUACCGAGACGUUUCAAUCAUCAAAUAUCAACAAUUUUAAUAGUUAUUACCUGCACUCAAAAUGGGUUGGCUUCUAUGUGAUGUGCAUGUGGAUUGCGUCGUUUAGUUUCGUUUCGUUGUGUGUUUGUCCAAUGGCCUCGCAUGAUUGAUGAUGAUGAUGAUGAUGAUGCACACUCUAGUAUUGUUUUUUUUAUUUUUUUUAACUAUCAUUUACUUUACCACGUACGCUAUGCCUAAUAACUGAUGAUAACUAUGACUACACACACACAAACACACACACACACACAAAUAACUAUGUAUUAACUAUUACCUAUAGCUUACACUUACAUUAUAUGUAAACAAACAAACACUUUUAAACAUUUACCCACAUCGCGAGUUGGGUAAACGCUAGACAAGUUGUAAGAAUAAAUAUAAAUACAUAUAACUUUAAAA